UACGUCACAAAAACGUCAUUUCCGGCAAAGCGCCCAUGAAAAGAUGGCGUCUGGGGCUGUUGUUGACGAUUCCUCAGGCAAAGAUGCAAUUGCAGAGGGGAUGUAUAACGUCUUACAACCAGCCGUUCAGCAGCUGGACCUGCAUGUGCACUCGGUCAGAGAAAGCCAAGUGGAACUGAGAGAACACAUUGACAACCUUGCAUCAGAAUUAUGCCGGAUAAAUGAACAUCAAAAAGUGGCUCUAGACCUGGACCCAUAUGUAAAGAAGCUUCUCAAUGCAAGACGAAGAGUUGUGCUCGUAAACAACAUUUUACAGAACGCUCAGGAACGUCUAAGAAGACUAAACCAUAAUGUAGCCAAAGAGACAGCAAGACGGAAGACGAUGCUAGAGGCUUCAGGAGUGUUUAACACUCGCUCCCCCAGUAAACACUGAGCGUCCGCCUCCUCUGCCCAGCAAACACUGAAUAAACCAGAAAGUUUAGGGAACACACGACAUGUUGAUGUCUUGCCUUGCGUCAUCUGAUGUCGUAAUGCAAAUACACUCUGCUUUAUCUUAUUCUAUAUUACACACAAGUGGUUGUUUUGUUUCAUGAUGAAUGCAUUUUUUCAACGCUCUUCAGCUCGUUUAUAGAAUCUUUUGACCUAUACUACUUUUAUGAAUAAUAACUUUAAAGGAGGCUACUGAAAACUAUCUUAAUUAUGCAACACCCUUCCCCUUUAGUGCUAUUCUAGUUAUUUAUGAAUGUCUAUCUUGUUUUAAUAAUUUUGCUGUCUGUGUAUAAAGUCUUCAAGUGAACUGUUUUCAGUUGUUUUGUAGGUGUACCUAAUAAUGUAUGAGAUUGAUUCAGUUACAGUAAGACAUUGUUCAAGUUUAUUUGCUUAAGGUCAAAUGAUGGAGAAUAUGAAAAAAAAGGAAGGAACAAGGAAGACGCAAUUGUAAAUUUUUUUUUUUUUGUAAACUACUAAUUCUUUUCAACGUGAUGUUACAUUGCUCAAAUGUAUUGCCUAUUUGAACAUAACUCAACUUGGCACACAUAGCACCAUUGUCCAUUUUGUAAUUAAAGCCAAUAAUUAAAAAAAUGAAACUGA